UUCAUUUUUGGUCCUAGCAAAUCUCUAAAGUCAGCAAAAAUUGUUUAAAUGCUUUUAGCGCGCCAUUUGGUGGAGCAGAGCAAACCGUUUGAAUGUCCAUGUCCGGUCGGCAGACUCGUCGCCCGGCGGCGGAAAUAGUCCGGGAAUUGAGGCGAUUGAGGUCCUCGCCCUUGCGGAUCGACGACGAGGACGAGCGGUGGGCGGAGGGACACGAGGGGGCCCCCGCCCCGGAUGUGCCCGUGGCCAGUCGCCGCGAGUUGGAGCAGCUGCGCCUGAGUCGCCACCGGAUCGGCCUGCUCCUGGUCCGGCCCGCCUUCGAGCAGGCCGUCACGGGAUGCUUCGUCCGGGUGAACAUCAAUGGGCGGGAGGAGCUGCCCGACUAUCGCAUCGCCGAGAUCCUGGGCCUCGGCGAACUGGACAUCGGCUACAAGGUCGAGGACAUACCCACAAAUGUGGCGCUGAAGCUGCGCUACGAAGAUCUGGUGAUGCACCACGAAAUCAACGACAUCUCGAACCUGGCCUUCACCCACGGCGAAUUUGAGCUGUGGCGCGACAAUUGCGUUAACCAGGCCAUCAGUCCACCCACCACCCACAGGGUCACCCGCAAGAAGAUCGAGCUCUACAACGCCCUGCAGUGCGAGGCCAAGGUGCUGGCCACCACCCAAAAAAGCCUCCCCUUCGAGCUGAGGCAGCCGCAGAAGCGUGGCAUCAUGGAGCGGCACGGCGGCGUCUAUCCCUGGCCCUUGAAGCACCCUCUGCCGCUGAUACCGCCACCGCCGCCCCUGCCACCGCCGACGAAUCCGCCCCGGGGUCUCACAUACCGACCCGAGAUAGCGGACCCCAAACCCAGCGAUCCCAGAGGGGAGGAGUGGCAUUCUGGGGCAGGAGCACUGGCAUCCCCAAAUUCCCAUCUGAACGACAAGUGAAACGCCUUUUGUACAUAUGUACAUUUGGCCAGUUGUGGGUCAACUUUCUACAAGCCAUCGACAAUUAUUAGUAUUAGUAUAUGUUAAUCCAAAAUAUUGUAACAUAUACUAUUAAAUAAAUACAUUUAAC